UGUAUGUAGUGCUUCGAAUUGAUGCAUGUCGAGAUGUGCUUACAUAAGUAUGUACUUGUUGACGUACUUGGCUGCCUACCGCCCGUUUUAGCUCUGGAUUACCUAAGCCCCUCGCUGCCCAGCUCCGCCCCCCAGCCUCCUCCCUCCCACCAGCCUUGCUCGCAUCCUGCUGCGAUCGCGACCCACGCCAUCAUCACCACCCUCAACAGCCCGCCAGCACAUUCCACCUCUCCUUCACUGCUACUGUAUUCAGAGCGCGCGCGCUCGGCGCUCUCCAUUUGCCCGCUUGCGAUCCGACUUCUUGCCGCGCUGCAUUGGCCUCUAGCUGUUGACGCGCCGGGAAUCAAAACAAACUCCUCUAUCGCUACCCACCUCGACAGACUGUUACUACUACCACGACUGCGCGCGCGCCGCCGCCUCUCCUAUUGCCAACCCACCAUUUGGUUUCUGCUUUAAUUUAUCCACCAUGUUUUAUCCGACCGAGCUGCUGCGGCGCGAGGGCGCCCUCGCCCGUGUGUGGAUGGCUGCCAAUGUCGAGAAGAAGCUCACCAAAGCCCAGGUCUUGCAAGACAAGAUCGACGAAGACAUUGGUGAAAUCAUGCGUCCGCGCGUGCCCCUCUCACUUCGCCUUAGUGGCUCGUUGUUGCUCGGCGUAGUGCGCAUCUACAGCAGGAAGGCGCGUUACCUUUUGGAUGACUGUAGCGACGCGCUUUGGAAGAUCAAAAUGGCAUUCAAGCCUGGCAACAUAGACUUGCCCGCUCAUUCGCAUGUCGCAAAUCCCGCUGCUCUGACCUUGCCCGACACAAUUACCGACAUCGAUUUGCUUGCCCCCAUGCCUGAUCCGUCGCUACUGCUUUCGCAGUCGCUGGACUUUUCCAAUCUUGCAUUCCCCGACGCUGCUGCUCAUGACUGGGAUAGUAGCCAGUUCUUAUCCACGAACCCGGACCUACCUCCCGUAGACAAUGAAAUCCUAAUAGAUGAUGUCGACUUGGGCAUUGAUUUUGGCGAUUCCUUGAUGGAUGGAGAUGAGGAAGGUACCAGUGUUGAAAUUGGUCGUGAUGCACCCGUGGCCCGACCCGCUUCUGAGGAGUUUGGUUUCGACACGAAGGACAUUGAAGGAGAUGAAUUGGGCCUGGAUUUCGACCUCCCGGAUGAUGACGAUAAUACACCGGUUCCAGAUAACAUUGGCAUCGACACCGAUAUAAACAUGGGCGGCAUGUCUGACGUGGAUUUGGGACCCGCUGAAGAGUCCACCAUUGUCCAACGCGAGCGAUCGCCAUCGGUCCUUUCUGAACUCGAUGCGGACCAGGAACGCGAACUAGAGGCAAGCGUCUUUCACCCUGCCGCUCAAGAACAAGAGGAAGGCGAGGAGGAAGAGGAGGAAGUACACCAAGCCAGGGCUAAACGCCGGAAGGUCAUCCAACAAGACACCGAAACACAAAUGUCGGCCAAUGCUAUUCGCGUCCACCAAGCGAACCGCGAUGAAAUCCUCAAACCAGCCUCGUUCCUUCCCCGAGACCCUAUGCUUAUGGCUUUGAUGAACAUGCAAAAGUCUGGGGGAUUUGUUUCCAGCAUUCUUGGCGAUGGUCGAAGCCAGGGUUGGGCCCCGGAGCUGCGAGGGAUUUUGUCAAUGGAAAUUGUCUCGCGCCCUAGCCAGAAGCGGAAGCGCGAUAGUGGCAUCGCCGAUGUUGGAGCGGCAGAAGAACAAGCCAUAGCUGGGGCGGAGAGAACCCCUCAGCUCGAGCUUGGUGAUGAAGAUGAGAUCGCCCCUGAGGAUGUAGAGAUCGUAACAGGUGACACAAUUCUUGAUCAGGAUGAGGAGGUGCUUGCCGAACUCCCACAAGACGAAGGCAUCAUGAUUCCGCAGGAUGAGGAAGAGGAGGAAGAUGUGUUUUCAGACAUCGAAGGCGAAACAAGGCUGCCUCUACUCCAUCCUGCUGAAAGCGGUGUUGUUUCUCUCGAAACGAAGCACGCGGUUCAUGCCCUACGCGAUUUAUUCGGACCCGAGGGCGAGACUGACGAGCAGGAGCGCUUGAAGAACGUGGUGCCGUUCCAAGGCAUGUUCCCCGAAGACAGGACAUCCAAGGCCGAUAUCGCCCGCAUGUUCAACGAGGUUUUGGUCUUGGCUACCAAGGACGCCAUCAAGGUCGAGCAGGUCAACGAGAAUAACAAGCUCGGCGGCCAAAUCCGCAUCCGCGCCAAGCGUGGUCUUUGGGGUUCAUGGGCCGAGACAGACGUUUCCGGUGCCGAAGCCAUCAAGGCUGCCGAAGCUGCCGAAGCCGCUCAGGCAUCGGCUGUGUCUGCUGCGUCCGCCGCAUCGGCUGAUCCCGUACCAUCUGCAGAGGUCGCGGAGGCCGCUGCUGAGGAGUGA